ACGAUCAGUAUGGCAAAUCGAGGUGAAGCAGCGGAUUAUUACAAUGGCGCGCCACAGGACAACAAUUAUCAGAUGGAGAGUACAAAGUAUCCACAGCAGCCUCCGCAGUAUGGACAGAACUAUGAGCCGCCGCAGGGAGCUCCGCCGAAUGAGACUCAGCCGCCGUAUGGCCAGCUGAAUGGUGAAGGGAAACAGACCUUCGAACAAGCCUUCACAAUUCAAAGUCCGAAAUAUCAUGAUUUGUGGGCUGGGUUGUUGUUCAUCGCGGUGUUCUUAGGCUUCGCAGCAGUCUCCGGUAUUGCAAUUCAAGGAUACUCGCACACAUUUUCGUUCAAUGGAGGCGGCAUCUACAACAGCCGGAACGACUUUGGACUGUCUACGAAUACCAUCGUACUCUUCGCUUUCGUCCUCGUUGUGGCCAUUCUUCUUAGCUAUGGAUACAUGUGGACUGCCCGUGUUUUUACAAAACAACUAAUCUGGAUUACGGGAAUUUUGAACAUUGUCUUCGGCUUCGUCACGGCUAUCUAUAUGCUUUCCCGGAAGUACUGGUCUGGAGGAGUCGUCUUCCUGCUAUUUUCCAUCUUCGCUAUGAUUUGCUUUAUCUCUUGGAUCCCGAGGAUCCGGUUUUCGGUCCUGAUGCUGCAAACCAGCAUUAACGUCUCAAAGAAGUUUGGUCACGUAUAUCUUGUGUCGCUGCUCGGAGGUCUUCUUGCUACCGCAUUUGCUGCGUGGUAUUCUGUUACCCUAGUGGCAGUAUACGUCAAGUACGAACCGUCAUCAUCGGGCAACAAUCCAGCAUGCAACACUGGUGCAGGAGGUUGUGGUAGCGGGAGGGUGAUUGGACUGAUCGUGUUUAUCACUUUCGCCAUGUAUUGGAUAUCCGAAUGGUUAAAGAACACCAUUCAUACCACCAUAUCCGGGGUUUAUGGUUCCUGGUACUUCUGCGGCAAUAACUUCCCGAGUGGCGCUACUCGUGGUGCUUUUAAACGUUCCAUCACCUACAGUUUCGGAAGCAUCAGUUUCGGAAGUUUGAUCGUAGCCAUUAUCAACUGCCUACGACAACUCUGUUCGAUUGCUCAACAAUCGGCAGGGCAGGAUGGAAACAUUGUGGGCACGAUUUUGUUUUGUUGCAUCGGCUGUAUUAUUGGCCUCCUAGACUGGGCGGUGCAGUUUUUAAACCGAUACGCCUUUUCGCACAUUGCGCUUUAUGGCAAGUCGUACAUAGAAGCCGCGAAGGAUACCUGGAAAAUGAUCAAGGACCGCGGGAUCGAUGCUCUUGUGAACGAAUGUCUUGUCGGUCCGGUCCUCACAAUGGGCGCUACUUUCAUUGCGUAUACCUGUGCUCUCCUCGCGUACCUCUACCUCAUCUUUACCUCGCCAGCGUACAACCAGGAUGGAUCAUAUACGCCAGUGGUUGUCGCAUUCGCGUUCCUCAUCGGCCUCCAGAUCUGCAACAUUUUCACGACGCCCCUGAGCAGCGGCAUUGACACGAUCUUUGUGGCGAUGGCGUGGGACCCGGAGGUGAUGAUGCGAGACCACCCGGACCUCUAUCAGCAGAUGGUGGCGGUGUAUCCACAUGUGCAACAGGCGAUACAUGCAUAGCAACGUGGAGACAGGUGGAGAAAUCGUUCGAGUGAGCAAUAGUUCGUGGGAGCGUGCUUGUCAC